UAUAAGAAGCAACACCGACACCAUAUAUAUAUAUAUAGGUCAGGAUGAAGAACACAGCCGCAGGGUUACUGAAACACAUGAUAAGCAAGUUGACAAUGGCGUUGAAGAGGAAGACAAGGGCCUUCAAGACCCGUCUGGUGAUAUUAUCUUUGCUCCACAGCAGCUCCUUCUCUCACAAGCUCAAGGGCUUGAUGAAUCACCAGCUUAAAAGCCAAGGAGAAGAGGAAACGGACCAGGGAAAGACGGUGGUGGUGUAUAAGACCGCCGUCAGCCCCGUGUAUACGAAGUGCGAGAUGGAAGAGGAGGAGGAUGAAGAGUGUCGGGCUUCGGUGACAGAGAUGCCUAAAGUGCACCCGAACGAAGACCGAGGAGAAGAGAUCGACCAGCUCGCUGACUUGUUCAUAAGGAGGUUUCACCGCCAGAUGUGGCUGCAGAAGCAGCUCUCUUUGGAGAGUCGGCAUCACGACCCAGAUGAUCACGCGCCUCCCCUUCACUAGUCCACAUGUAUCACGUACGAUCGAUCCAUAUGUGUGCGUGUUAAGGAUUGAGAUUGUCUUAGGGUUUUGUUUGGGUACCUUCCGUGUACCUUGACAAUUUCAAUGGCCAUAAAAUAUAUUUUUUUCUUA